ACGAACCACCUCUCCUUGACGCAUACAGCUGUUGACGGGAAUUAUCUAACUCUGACCUUUCUUGUACUCGUAUAGAGUUAGCAGAGGACAACAUAUGCAAGGCAACGGUGGUGUACGCGAGACAUUGCCUCGCGACUUGAACUCGUGGCGCUCGCUCGAAACUAAGGAAGAAUGGCGCUAUGUUUGGGAGGCCGUCCGACCCACUUUCCAUGACGCCGGCAUUUACGUGUGGCCAUUCGACAGGCUCUACGCAAGAGCUGACACUCGAAACCCAAUGCGAUCCAAUGGGUUUGCCUACGUCACCUCAAUGCGUGGAGAAUCUUGGACAGACCUUCUUCAGAAGUUUACUUGUCAUAACGAGCUUACGCGCGCCGGAUCGACCUUGAAUGGGGUGCAUGUCGUUAUACGUGUAGUUGCAAUGGGGGACGAAGGGAAGCGCCACCUCGAGAUCCUGCGCAAACUAGCUCAGGGCCCACGGAGCAUGUUCGCCGAGAAUCACAUUGACAUCACUUUUACCGUCUCGCCGUUCGUGGCCGAUAAUAUGCGUGACUGCUACGGAUUCUGGGCGAAGAACUCUGUCGGCGACAUAGUCGAUAUGAUUUUGCAAGCGUUGGAGGCAGUUGCUUUUGUUCAUGACCUCGGGAUAGUACACAGAGACCUGUGCAAAGCAAAUUACCUCAUCCAAUGGCAUCCCGAGUCUCUAGUGGCAAUGCGGGUGCCUCUGUCUCGCCCACGUGCACUCCUGACCGAUUUUGAGACGGCCCACGAAUUCCCUUCGGACCUUCCGCCUCAACAGCGCGUGCUGAGUGGGCUGCCAUUAGUCGGCUAUCAACGCCCAGUUCCUCCGGAGAUGACUUGUGGGAAGCCGUACGACCCGUUCAAAGCAGAUAUAUGGCAGUUGGCGGAGAGCUUUUCUGAUUUCCGGGCAACGAUUCCUGAGAUCGAUACCAUCCUUGAACAGAUGCUCGAAUUGGACGUCUCUCUGAGAUUGUCUGCAGUAGAUGCUCGUGACAAACUAGCUGCAAUCGUUCAUAGUAUCCCCCCGAGCGCUCUUUUGAUCCCCCCGCUGCUGUUGAAGCCUCCGAUCCUUGAAACCUGAAGCUCGAAACGUAUCAUCAUAUAGACGGUCUCUUUUUCUAGGUCAAAAUCACUUCUCGGCUUAUUUAUUGAAUA